AUGCCACCGCCGACCUCAUCAACUGCCAGCAGCACUACCCGAGAAAAGAAGAAGCUGAUCGAUGCGGAACGACAUUCCAUCUACGAAACACUACUUGAGCGAAGUGUACGUGGUGAGCUCCCUUACGGGUGCAUCACCCAAGCUGCACGCAAGUUCCAAUGCACCUGCAAGACCAUUGCGAUAGUAUGGAACCGUGGCCGCCUCUCGCUUCGCGAUGGCAGAAACACAAAUCGAAAAUGUGUUCUCACGGACGAAGAAAUUGAGCAUGCAGUCAAAUUGGUUCCGCUACAAGCACGCCAGACCAUGCGAACUUUGGCAGCGCAGUCCGGCGUCAUGAAGACGACCAUCAUCCGCCAAAUGCAACGAGCCAAGCCGUUGAUGCGCAAGACAAGCCACUCUAAGCCGUACCUGACCGACGCCAAUGCACUUGGACGGGUGCAGUAUGCUCUGUCCUUCAUCAAGCCGACGUCAAAAGGAACCAUUUUUGACAGCAUGCACGCACAUGUUGACGAGAAAUGUUCUUUUUUUACAACUGUCAAGAAGCGUUAUUAUGCUUACGAAGACGAAGACCUGCCGACGCGCCAGUUCAAGUUCAAUAGAUACAUCACGAAAGUGAUGUUUCUUGCCGCCGUUGCAAGACCAAGAUACGACUACCACAACAAAUGCAUCUUCGACGGGAAGAUCGGAGUGUGGCCAUUUGUCGAGAAUGUGCUGGCCAAGGAAAACAGUCGUAAUCGGCCAAAAUGUACUCCACUUUUGGUACCUCAAACGGUAACCGCCGAAGUUUACCUCAAGAUGAUUCUCGAAAAAGUCGUGCCGGCGAUUCAGGCAAAAAUGCCUCGACAAGAUCAGAGUAAAAUAAUAUAUUUGUAG